CUUUCUCUCAAUCAAAUUUGGUCCUUGACCUUAGUUCACGCAAACAACAAAUUUCAAUGGAAAAUUUAAUUAUUAUUGCUGUUUUAGCCCUAUUUUAUUUUUUAUUUGGAAUAAUAGUUUUAACCAUUGUUUUAGCUGCUGCAGGGCAGUCGCUUGGAAUCAGAAGAAAAUAUAUCCAGAUUCUGUUGAAAGUUUUUGAGUUUGGGAGGCGUAGGAUAAAUAGCUAUGCUGCAUCAGAAAGAGACAAACAAAAACAUUUACACAAGGAAGAAGAAGGCUCUGGUGAUGAGGGAUUGCCAGAAGCAGAUAGCCUCUCUGAUACUUCACAAGAGUCAGAGAACCAUGUUUUUACAGGUAAUGAUCAAGUGAUAUACCGUGACAUCUCAAUAUCAGCAUUAGAGGGAAUCAAAAUCCCAUCAAAGCGUCCCGAUUAUGACCUGACAUUUAAAAAGGACUUCCAUGUAUCUGAUAUCAUGUACUUUGUGAAAUGUGGAGUUGAGGCUAUAAUUCAAGAUGAUGUCACACACAGAUUUACAGCUGAAGACCUGAAAAGCUGGAAUUUCCUCACUAGAACAGAUAAAGGUUACCAAUUUAUAAGUAUGAGGCUUACAAUAUUGUGGUGGAUAGGCUGUUUAGUACGUUAUGGAAUUCUCUUACCAUUUAGGUUUACCUUGUGUACUGCGGGAUUAUUGUGGUUAAUAUCUUCUACAUUUUUAAUUGGUUAUAUUCCAGAUGGAAAGCAAAAACGAUUUUUAAACAGAAUUUCAAGUUUAAUGGCUCAUAGAAUACUAUGUCGUGCCAUGUCUGCUGUUGUAACGUUUAAUUAUUUAGAGCACCGUCCACGAAGUGGUAUAUGUGUAGCUAAUCACACAUCACCUCUUGAUGUUGUCAUACUCAGUAGUGAUAACUGCUAUGCGAUGGUUGGCCAGUCACAUUCAGGGUUUCUAGGCAUCAUGCAGAGAGCUUUAUCUCGAGCAACAUCACAUAUCUGGUUCGAGAGAUCAGAAAUUAAAGACCGUUUAGUCGUCUCUAAAAGAAUGCAAGAGCAUGUUGAGGAUCAACACAAGCUACCAAUUUUAAUUUUUCCCGAGGGGACAUGUAUAAAUAACACAUCAGUUAUGAUGUUUAAAAAGGGAGGAUUUGAAGUGUCUCCUGUGGUUUAUCCAGUAGCUGUUAAAUAUGAUAGUAGAUUUGGAGAUGCAUUUUGGAACAGUAGUAAAGAUAGUAUGAUAUUUCACAUAUUUCGCAUCAUGACCAGCUGGGCUUUAGUAGUUGAUGUCUGGUACCUGCCUCCUAUGAAAAGAUUGGAUGGUGAAGAUUCAGUGAGUUUUGCCAGUCGAGUGAAAGCUGAAAUAGCAAUACAAGGGGGUCUCGUUGACCUGGAAUG